CCGUCCCCCGAGCUGCGGCCGCGGGGCGGGAGGCGCAUGCGUGUUGGGGCGACCGCCGGGCCGGUGUCUGUCUGGUUCCGAACGUCUGACGGCGGCACGAAAUGGCGGCCUGACGCCGGGUUGCCGGACGGCGGGAAGACAGAACGGGCGGCUGAGGGCCCGGGCGGGGGAUGGUGAGCGGGCUCCGGAGCCGGGCAACUCUGAUCGCCAGCCGUAGCUUCGGCCACGCAGCGACAGUCAUCGGGCCGGGCCGCCGUGCCGCGCGGGCGUGGAAAAAUGGCAAAGAGAAUUGCAGAAAAGGAACUGACCGACAGAAACUGGGAUCAGGAAGAUGAAGCUGAGGAGGUGGGAACCUUCUCAGUGGCUAGUGAGGAAGUCCUGAAGAACAGAGCUAUUAAAAAAGCAAAGCGUCAAAAUGUUGGAUCAGAGCCUGAAAGUAGAGGAGCGUUUAAAGGUUUUAAAGGCUUUGUAUUGCCUUCUGGAAAAGAAGGAGGUGGCUUCAGCGGAUUUGGUAAUGGUGCAGGAAUAAAGCCUUUAGAAGGCCUGUCUAAUGGAAACAGCAGUAUCUUCAGUACUCCUUUCAGCAGUUUAAAGACAACAUCUGAAACAAAAUCUGCUUUUGGAUCCCCCAUGUCAAAUGGUCCGACUACAACCACACUUACUGAGAAGGCAGCUGCAAGCCCAAAAGCUAAUGGUGGCAGCCAACCAUCAUCAUCUGGCUAUACUCAGAGUAAAGUCUGUAGCUCUAGUGUUUAUCACAAACAGCUAGCAGCUUUAAACUGUUCUGUGCGUGACUGGAUAGUGAAGCACGUAAACACAAACCCGCUAUGUGAUCUGACUCCUAUCUUUAGAGACUAUGAGAAGUAUUUAGCAACUAUUGAACAGCAACAUGGAAACAGUAGCGAUAGUGGCUCUGAAAACGAAAGCAACAAGACACCUGGCACGCAGUCUGUCUCCACAUUUGGGAAUUCAAAGCUACAGCAAGGAUCAACUUUUCUAUUUAACAACAAAACUGAGGAUGCCUCUGACAAAAAAACUGAAGUUGCAUCAGAAAAAAGAGACCCAUCAAUAGGAGCUACAUCAACUGUCUCAUUUAAUAUUGGCAAGAGUGGUCACAGUUCAGGUUUCAGUUCCUUUGGUUCAGGAACACAUAGUAGUUUCUCAUUUUCUCCUGGAAAUUCAGGUUUGUUUGGAAAAGAUGCAAAUCAGACAAAGUCUGUCACUGCAGUAUCCACCAAUACGUUGGAAGCUCAGACAGAAAGUGGGAACAGUGAUGAUAAAGGUGGAGAAGAAGAGGAAGAAGAGCCACCAAAAGUCAUUGUUAAUGAAAUAAAAGAGGACGAUGCUUUCUACUCAAAGAAAUGUAAACUGUUCUACAAAAAGGAUAAUGAAUUUAAAGAAAAAGGUGUAGGAACAUUGCACUUAAAACCAGCAGGAAAUGAAAAAACUCAACUCCUAGUCCGAGCAGAUACCAAUUUAGGAAAUAUACUGUUGAAUGUUCUAAUUCCACCCAAGAUGCCAUGUACAAGAACCGGAAAAAACAACGUUCUUAUAGUUUGUGUUCCUAAUCCACCAAUUGAUGAGAACAAUCCAACUGUUCCUGUCACUAUGUUAAUAAGGGUGAAAACAAGUGAGGAUGCAGAUGAAUUGCACAAAAUCUUACUCGAGAAGAAGGAGGCUUAAGUAUGUUGCAGUCAGUGAUUUGAGAAAAUAUUGCCAAACUGCUGCUGCUCUAUUUUUUUUUCCUUCCAUAUCUUCACUUGAACACUUAACUCUUUAUUCUGAUACUAAGAACUACUAUAGAAAUUCUGGAAAAAUCUGUGAGGAAAAGGCAAACUAGCUAAUAAAAAUUUUAAUAGAACAAGUUUUUGGACUGUGCUCCCUCAUUUUUCAACGUUGAAAUGCAGGACCUCUUCUGGAUAAA